AUGCCGUCAUUCCUCCCAUGCCGUCAUUCCUCCCGUGCCGUCAUUCCUCCCAUGCCGUCAUUCCUCCCGUGCCGUCAUUCCUCCCAUGGCGUCAUUCCUCCCAUGCCGUCAUUCAUCCCAUGGCGACAUUUUUUUCCAUGGCGUCAUUCCUCCCGUGCCGUCAUUCCUCCCGUGCCGUCAUUCCUCCCGUGCCGUCAUUCCUCCCGUGCCGUCAUUCCUCCCGUGCCGUCAUUCCUCCCGUGCCGUCAUUCCUCCCGUGCCGUCAUUCCUCCCGUGCCGUCAUUCCUCCCGUGCCGUCAUUCCUCCCAUGGCGUCAUUCCUCCCAUGCCGUCAUUCCUCCCAUGGCGUCAUUCCUCCCAUGGCGUCAUUCCUCCCGUGCCGUCAUUCCUCCCGUGGCGUCAUUCCUCCCGUGCCGUCAUUCCUCCCGUGCCGUCAUUCCUCCCGUGCCGUCAUUCCUCCCGUGCCGUCAUUCCUCCCGUGCCGUCAUUUCUCCCGUGCCGUCAUUCCUCCCAUGGCGUCAUUCCUCCCAUGGCGUCAUUCCUCCCAUGGUGUCAUUCCUCCCAUGGGGACAUUCCUCCCAUGCCGUCAUUCAUCCCAUGCCGUCAUUUCUCCCGUGCCGUCAUUCCUCCCAUGGCGUCAUUCCUCCCGUGCCGUCAUUCCUCCCAUGGCGUCAUUCCUCCCAUGGCGUCAUUCCUCCCAUGCCGUCAUUCCUCCCAUGCCGUCAUUCCUCCCGUGCCGUCAUUCCUCCCGUGCCGUCAUUCCUCCCAUGGCGUCAUUCCUCCCGUGCCGUCAUUCCUCCCAUGCCGUCAUUCCUCCCAUGCCGUCAUUCCUCCCAUGGCGUCAUUUCUCCCGUGGCGUCAUUCCUCCCGUGCCGUCAUUCCUCCCGUGCCGUCAUUCCUCCCGUGCCGUCAUUCCUCCCAUGGCGUCAUUUCUCCCGUGCCGUCAUUCCUCCCGUGCCGUCAUUCAUCCCAUGGCGACAUUUUUUUCCAUGCAGUCAUUUUUUCCAUGGCGUCAUUCCUCCCGUGCCGUCAUUCCUCCCAUGCCGUCAUUCCUCCCAUGGGGACAUUCCUCCCAUGGCGUCAUUUCUCCCGUGCCGUCAUUCCUCCCAUGCCGUCAUUCCUCCCAUGGGGACAUUCCUCCCAUGCCGUCAUUCAUCCCAUGGCGACAUUUUUUUCCAUGCAGUCAUUUUUUCCAUGGCGUCAUUCCUCCCGUGCCGUCAUUCCUCCCAUGCCGUCAUUCCUCCCAUGGGGACAUUCCUCCCAUGCCGUCAUUCCUCCCAUGGGGACAUUCCUCCCAUGCCGACAUUCCUCCCAUGGCGUCAUUCCUCCCGUGCCGUCAUUCCUCCCAUGGCGUCAUUCCUCCCAUGCCGUCAUUCCUCCCAUGGUGUCAUUCCUCCCAUGGCGUCAUUCCUCCCAUGCCGUCAUUCCUCCCAUGGCGUCAUUUCUCCCGUGCCGUCAUUCCUCCCGUGCCGUCAUUCCUCCCGUGCCGUCAUUCCUCCCAUGGCGUCAUUCCUCCCAUGCCGUCAUUCCUCCCAUGGUGUCAUUUCUCCCAUGGCGUCAUUUCUCCCGUGCCGUCAUUCCUCCCGUGCCGUCAUUCCUCCCGUGCCGUCAUUCCUCCCAUGGCGUCAUUCCUCCCAUGCCGUCAUUCCUCCCAUGGUGUCAUUUCUCCCAUGGCGUCAUUCCUCCCGUGCCGUCAUUCCUCCCGUGCCGUCAUUCCUCCGUGCCGUCAUUCCUCCCGUGCCGUCAUUCCUCCCAUGCCGUCAUUCCUCCCAUGCCGUCAUUCCUCCCAUGGCGUCAUUCCUCCCAUGCCGUCAUUCCUCCCAUGGCGUCAUUCCUCCCAUGCCGUCAUUCAUCCCAUGGCGACAUUUUUUUCCAUGGCGUCAUUUCUCCCAUGCCGUCAUUCCUCCCGUGCCGUCAUUACUCCCAUGGCGUCAUUCCUCCCGUGCCGUCAUUCCUCCCGUGCCGUCAUUCCUCCCGUGCCGUCAUUCCUCCCGUGCCGUCAUUCCUCCCGUGCCGUCAUUCCUCCCAUGGCGUCAUUCCUCCCAUGCCGUCAUUCCUCCCAUGGCGUCAUUCCUCCCAUGCCGUCAUUCAUCCCAUGGCGACAUUUUUUUCCAUGGCGUCAUUUCUCCCAUGCCGUCAUUCCUCCCGUGCCGUCAUUCCUCCCGUGCCGUCAUUCCUCCCGUGCCGUCAUUCCUCCCGUGCCGUCAUUCCUCCCGUGCCGUCAUUCCUCCCAUGGCGUCAUUCCUCCCAUGCCGUCAUUCCUCCCAUGGCGUCAUUCCUCCCAUGCCGUCAUUCAUCCCAUGGCGACAUUUUUUUCCAUGGCGUCAUUUCUCCCAUGCCGUCAUUCCUCCCGUGCCGUCAUUUCUCCCAUGGCGUCAUUCCUCCCGUGCCGUCAUUCCUCCCGUGCCGUCAUUCCUCCCGUGCCGUCAUUCCUCCCAUGCCGUCAUUCCUCCCAUGCCGUCAUUCCUCCCAUGGCGUCAUUCCUCCCAUGCCGUCAUUCCUCCCAUGGUGUCAUUCCUCCCAUGGCGUCAUUCCUCCCAUGCCGUCAAUCAUCCCAUGGCGACAUUUUUUUCCAUGGCGUCAUUUCUCCCGUGCCGUCAUUUUUUCCAUGGCGUCAUUCCUCCCGUGCCGUCAUUCCUCCCAUGCCGUCAUUCCUCCCAUGGGGACAUUCCUCCCAUGGCGUCAUUUCUCCCGUGCCGUCAUUCCUCCCAUGCCGUCAUUCCUCCCAUGGGGACAUUCCUCCCAUGCCGUCAUUCAUCCCAUGGCGACAUUUUUUUCCAUGCAGUCAUUUUUUCCAUGGCGUCAUUCCUCCCGUGCCGUCAUUCCUCCCAUGCCGACAUUCCUCCCAUGGCGUCAUUCCUCCCGUGCCGUCAUUCCUCCCAUGCCGUCAUUCCUCCCAUGCCGUCAUUCCUCCCAUGGUGUCAUUCCUCCCAUGGCGUCAUUCCUCCCAUGCCGUCAUUCCUCCCGUGCCGUCAUUUCUCCCGUGCCGUCAUUCCUCCCGUGCCGUCAUUCCUCCCGUGCCGUCAUUCCUCCCAUGGCGUCAUUCCUCCCAUGCCGUCAUUCCUCCCAUGGCGUCAUUUCUCCCAUGGCGUCAUUCCUCCCGUGCCGUCAUUCCUCCCGUGCCGUCAUUCCUCCCGUGCCGUCAUUCCUCCCGUGGCGUCAUUCCUCCCGUGCCGUCAUUCCUCCCAUGCCGUCAUUCCUCCCAUGCCGUCAUUCCUCCCAUGGCGUCAUUCCUCCCAUGCCGUCAUUCCUCCCAUGGCGUCAUUCCUCCCAUGCCGUCAUUCAUCCCAUGGCGACAUUUUUUUCCAUGGCGUCAUUUCUCCCAUGCCGUCAUUCCUCCCGUGCCGUCUCAUUACUCCCAUGGCGUCAUUCCUCCCGUGCCGUCAUUCCUCCCGUGCCGUCAUUCCUCCCGUGCCGUCAUUCCUCCCGUGCCGUCAUUCCUCCCGUGCCGUCAUUCCUCCCGUGCCGUCAUUCCUCCCGUGCCGUCAUUCCUCCCGUGCCGUCAUUCCUCCCAUGGCGUCAUUCCUCCCAUGGCGUCAUUUCUCCCAUGCCGUCAUUCCUCCCAUGCCGUCAUUCCUCCCAUGCCGUCAUUCCUCCCAUGGCGUCAUUCCUCCCAUGCCGUCAUUCAUCCCAUGGCGACAUUUUUUUCCAUGGCGUCAUUUCUCCCAUGCCGUCAUUCCUCCCGUGCCGUCAUUACUCCCGUGCCGUCAUUCCUCCCGUGCCGUCAUUCCUCCCGUGCCGUCAUUCCUCCCGUGCCGUCAUUCCUCCCAUGCCGUCCAUUCCUCCCAUGCCGUCAUUCCUCCCAUGGCGUCAUUCCUCCCAUGCCGUCAUUCCUCCCAUGGCGUCAUUCCUCCCAUGCCGUCAUUCAUCCCAUGGCGACAUUUUUUUCCAUGGCGUCAUUUCUCCCAUGCCGUCAUUCCUCCCGUGCCGUCAUUACUCCCAUGGCGUCAUUCCUCCCGUGCCGUCAUUCCUCCCGUGCCGUCAUUCCUCCCGUGCCGUCAUUCCUCCCGUGCCGUCAUUCCUCCCGUGCCGUCAUUCCUCCCGUGCCGUCAUUCCUCCCGUGCCGUCAUUCCUCCCAUGGCGUCAUUCCUCCCAUGCCGUCAUUCCUCCCAUGGCGUCAUUCCUCCCAUGCCGUCAUUCAUCCCAUGGCGACAUUUUUUUCCAUGGCGUCAUUUCUCCCAUGCCGUCAUUCCUCCCGUGCCGUCAUUUCUCCCAUGGCGUCAUUCCUCCCGUGCCGUCAUUCCUCCCGUGCCGUCAUUCCUCCCGUGCCGUCAUUCCUCCCAUGCCGUCAUUCCUCCCAUGCCGUCAUUCCUCCCAUGGCGUCAUUCCUCCCGUGCCGUCAUUCCUCCCAUGGUGUCAUUCCUCCCAUGGCGUCAUUCCUCCCAUGCCGUCAAUCAUCCCAUGGCGACAUUUUUUUCCAUGGCGUCAUUUCUCCCGUGCCGUCAUUCCUCCCGUGCCGUCAUUCCUCCCGUGCCGUCAUUCCUCCCGUGCCGUCAUUCCUCCCAUGGCGUCAUUCCUCCCAUGGCGUCAUUUCUCCCAUGCCGUCAUUUCUCCCAUGCCGUCAUUCCUCCCCUGA